AUGUGGAGGGGGCGCUGCUGUCUGCGGCGGGCGGCGCUGGGAGGGUGGCUGGGCUUGCCGCUCUUGCUGCUGCUCGGGCUGGCGGCCAGGACGCGGGCCAGCGGCGAGUACUGCCACGGCUGGCUGGACGGGACUGCUUGGCGGGACGGCUUCCAGUGCCCGGAGCACUUCGACGACGGCGACGCCACCAUUUGCUGCGGCACCUGCGCCCUCCGCUACUGCUGCUCCCGCGCCGAGGCCCGGCUGGACCAGGGCGUGUGUGACAACGACAGGCAACAGGGGGGAGCCGAGCAUGGCCGGCCCGACAAGGACGCUCCCGACGGCGCAGCAGUGCCUAUCUACGUGCCAUUCCUUAUUGUUGGAUCAGUUUUUGUUGCGUUCAUCAUCUUGGGCUCUCUGGUUGCGGCUUGCUGUUGCCGGUGCCUGCGACCUAAGCAAGAGCCUCAGCAGAGCAGAGCACCUGGAGGGAAUCGGAUGAUGGAGACUAUUCCCAUGAUUCCAAGCGCCAGCACCUCUCGAGGAUCCUCCUCUCGUCAAUCAAGUACUGCUGCCAGCUCCAGUUCCAGUGCCAACUCAGGUGCCAGGCCCCCCCCUACUAGGUCACAAACCAACUGCUGUUUACCAGAAGGGACCAUGAAUAAUGUAUACGUCAACAUGCCUACAAAUUUCUCGGUACUGAACUGCCAGCAGGCUACGCAGAUAGUGCCGCACCAAGGACAGUAUUUGCACCCACAGUAUGUCGGCUAUGCUGUGCAACAUGACUCCAUGCCCCCUGUCCCACCUUUUCUGGAUGGUCUACAAAGUGGAUACAGGCCAAUUCAGUCUCCUUAUCCCCACAGCAAUAGUGAACAGAAGAUGUACCCAUCAGUGACUGUGUAACUUUGGUAAGGGGCGGGGGAAUAAACCACACAAGCAAAAAAAAUAUAUUGCUGCAACUGACUGUGAACAGAGGAGAAAUACUUUUGGAAAGAAGU